AUGGCGGCGGCGGGCGGGGGGCGGCGGGCGCUGCUCCCGCUCCCGGUGCCGCUCCCGGUGCCGCUCCCGCUGCUGCUCCCGGUGCUCCUGGCGGCGGCCGCGGCCGCGCGGCUCUACCGGCCCGGCCACGACCCGCUGACGGUGCUGACGGCCGGCUCGGUGCGACCGGCGCUGCUCAACUCCUCGACCGCCUGGGUGGUGCAGUUCUACAGCUCGUCCUGCGGCCACUGCAUCGCCUUCGCUCCCACCUGGCGGGCGCUGGCGGGGGACGUCAAAGACUGGGAAUCUGCAAUUAGACUUGGUGUGCUGGACUGUGGGGAAGAGGAGAACUAUGAGACCUGCAAGGAAUAUGGUAUUCACUUUUACCCAACCUUUAGGUACUUCAAAGCAUUUACAAAGCAGUUUACCACUGGAGAAGACUACCAAGGAGGAGCAGAUCGAGAGCCACAAACAGUCCAUCAGAAGAUGAUUGACUUCCUCCAGAACCAUUCCCAGGAGGUCAGACCACCUGCUUGCCCACCCCUGGACCCAGUUUGGCCCAGUGAUAUUACUUCUCUUUUUGACAAGAACAGCCACCAUUACACUGCCAUCGUGUUUGAAAGCAACAGCUCCUACGUGGGACGACAGGUUAUCUUAGACUUGAUCCAGUAUGAAAACAUCGUGGUGAGGAGGGCCUUGAAUUCUGACAAGGCUUUCCUGGAGAAACUGGGUGUUCCCUCAGUGCCCUCCUGCUACUUGAUCCACCCAAAUGGGUCCCAUGGCUUAAUUAACAAUUUGAAGCCUCUACGCUCUUUCUUUUCUUCAUAUUUAAAGUCACUGCCAGGUGUAAGAAAAAAGCUCCUUUUGCCACUCCAGCUGCCUGCUCAAGAAAACAAAGAGGAGGGCACAGAAAUCAAGGUGUGGAAAGAGUUUGAUAAGACCAAGCUGUACAUGGCUGACCUUGAGUCGGGAUUGCAUUUCCUGCUCAGGGUGGAACUCGCCACGCACAAGACACUUGAGGGAGCUGAGCUCAAGACCUUCAAGGAUUUUGUCACCAUCUCUGCCAAGCUUUUUCCUGGCCGACAGCCCGUGGUAAAGUUGUUAGAGACCUUGCAAGAGUGGCUGGUGAGCCUUCCAUUAGACAAAAUCCCUUAUGAUGCUAUUCUGGAUCUGGUCAACAACAAAAUGCGGAUUUCUGGGAUAUCUCUCACUAAGAAGGUUCGGUGGGUUGGCUGCCAGGGCAGCAGACCAGAGCUGAGAGGUUACAGCUGCUCCCUUUGGAAGCUGUUCCACACCCUCACUGUUCAAGCUGCACUGAGACCAAAAGCCUUGAUAAAUACAGGUCUCGAGGACAAUCCCCAAAUCGUGCUGCAGGUCAUGAGGAGGUACAUCCAGCACUUCUUUGGGUGCAAGGCUUGUGCUCAGCACUUUGAAGAAAUGGCCAAAGAGUCCCUGGAUUCCGUGAAAACCUUGGACAGGGCUGUCCUGUGGCUCUGGGAGAAGCACAACGUGGUGAACAACAGGCUGGCAGGUGAUUUGACUGAAGAUCCAAAAUUUCCCAAAGUUCAGUGGCCGACUCCAGACAUUUGUCCUGCAUGUCAUGAGGAGAUUAAAGGACUGCACAGCUGGAAUGAAGAGCAAGUCCUGAAGUUCCUGAAAUCUCACUACAACAGUGACAAUAUCCUCUACAAAUACACCGAGAGCCAGACUGACUCCAGUGACCCCGAGCAGGGAGACACCAGGGAGGGGAAGGACAAAAACCUGCUGAAGAAACUGGGGGAAAACAGAGAAAAUAAGCUCCAGGAUAAGGAAAACUCAGUAGAUUCGGGCUCUAAGGUGGGAGAGAAGCCCGGAGGGAAUCCCGGAGCUGUCCAAGGUAGCGGGAAAAACUCGGGGGCCUCAGUGAACCUCAGGGAGGUCAGGCAGGCUGUGUCCUUCCUAGGGAUUGGCUUUUCCAACAUAGACAUGAGUCUCUGUGUCAUCCUCUAUGUCGCCUCCUCCUUGUUUUUGAUGAUCAUGUACUUUUUUUUCAGGAUGAGAUCCAAGAGGUGGAAGGUGAAGUAUUACCGGCCCUCGGUGUAGGAGUUCUCCGUGGCCGUGGCUGUUGGGUCCCAGACACAGCUUUAAUCUUUUAUGAUCAGGGAUUUUAUACAGAGUAUUCCUUUGUCCCGAGGCAUUCCCAGGUGUUGGAUGUGAGGAGCUGGCUGUGAGAAGCCGAGGCACACGUGGCUGUGCUCUGCAUGUGGCAGUGCAGGUUUUUCCAUGACUUUACCACCGACAUCCUUUACUCAUUUUCAGAGUAAACAUUGCAUUAUGCAAUCCACUGUGCCUGCUGGGGGAGGAAAUUGGAUAUUGUUUUGUGUACUUCAAGUCAGGUGUUAUUUUUUUUUUUUUAGUUUACCCAGAGCUGGUUUCACCUCCCUGAGUGCUGAACAGUUCCAGUGGUACUUUGGCUGCUUCCUUUGGAGGAGCAAGAAUUCUGAGGGUUUGUUUGUUUUGUUUUUUCAGGAAACGAGUUUCAUUCUGAUUAAACCAUUUCUAAACCUCUGUGA